GAGAAAGAGAUGCAUUAAAAGUGUGUGAGCAGAGGAGGAGAGUCAGGGCAGAGGAGCCACAUCUCCAGGAGAGCUGGACGACCUAAAGACAAAUGGAGACAGGUGUGUCUGAUGUGACGCCGGCGGGCUGGCUCGGGGAACGCAGCCUCAAUACAAUGUAGACGCCAAAACCAGACAGAACAAGAGUCUGAAGGCCGACAGAAGGAGGGCGACUUCACAGGAGGAGGAGGAGGAAGAACAGCUGUGGCCAAACGACACCGGCAGAAGAUAAGAAGUGAAAGGAGAGCAGAAAGGGGGGGUGGGGGGGGAGGAAAAAAAAAGAAAAGAAAGGAAGCUGCAGCCUGUGAAUCAUUGACGCCUCGCCGCCUACUCCUCACUCGCUCUCGCGUCUCCGCCCGGAGAAGCAUCGCGACCGUCGGCUCUCGUGUUCUCGUGUCCGGGGGGGGGGGGGGGUGGGCGAGACACUCCAGCCGUCCGGCAGCCAUGUGCCAUGUCAUCGUCACCUGCCGCUCCAUGCUGUGGACCCUGCUGAGCAUCGUGGCGGCGUUCGGAGAGCUCAUCGCCUUCAUGAGCACCGACUGGCUGGUGGGAUUCCCACGCACCCCGGACGCCGUCUUCGGCCCCCAUGGGGCCACGGCGGCCGGGGAGGCCUACAGGCCCACCCUGGGCAUCUACGGCCGCUGCAUCAAACUGCCCCACCUGAAGCGCGGAAUACUGUGCGGGCCGUACGCCAUUCACUUUGGGGAGAUCGCCAGCGGGUUCUGGCAGGCCACGUCCAUCUUCCUGGCGGCGGGGAUCCUGCUGCUGUGCGCCGUGGCGUUCAUCUCGGUCUUCACCAUGUGCUUCCAGAGCAUCAUGAAGAAGAGCAUCUUCAACGUGUGCGGACUGCUGCAAGGGAUCGCAGGUCUGUUUCUGAUCCUGGGUCUGAUGCUGUACCCCGCCGGCUGGGGUUCGGACAAGGUCCAGCUGUACUGCGGCACCGACGCGGCUCCGUACCGGGCCGGGCUGUGCUCCAUGGGCUGGGCCUUCUACACCGCCAUGGGCGGCACCGUGCUCACCUUCGUCUGCGCCGUCUUCUCCGCGCAGGCCGAGAUCGCCACCUCCAGCGACAAGGUCCAGGAGGAGAUCGAGGAGGGGAAGAGCCUCAUCUGCCUCCUCUGAGGCCCAGAUACUUUGGUCCUGAAGAAGAAGAAGAAGAAGAAGAAGAAGAAGAAGAAGAAGAAGAAGAAGAAGAGACACCUGCCCUUCUGUCUUUAAUAAGGCUGGCCUGUGAAAUGGCGGCCCCUGCAUUGUUUACCACUAAAAACCGACUCUUUGUUUGUUUGUUCUGUGUUUACGUGGGAGAAGUCUACAAGUGCCAAGUUUUUGUUUUUGUUCUUCUCAGUGUGCGUCUUUGUCCUCCGUUGCCACAUGUUCUGUAAAUAAGUGUGAUUUAUAUAUAUUUUGUACAUAAGUGAUUGAUCGCAGAAUGAUUGGCUGGGCUGAUGAUGUCACUCUUGCCUAAAAAAAAAGAGUUGUGUUGCCACCAGACCAACGAGCAGCCGACAGCAGCCUGUCUGCCACGUGUGAGUGUUAACUCAACAAGGGAACCACUACUCGGUCACAAUAAACUGCUCUUCGGCCCCUUUUUAAAGCUUACAGAAUGUAAAGCAUCCCUUUUUGUUUGCAGACAUUUUAAAAUGUAUCGACGGAAUAAAUGAUCAUGCGCAAUUAUGAAGUGAGCUUGAGGCCCCGUGCAGGGUCUGGGAGUCUGGUUCCCCCCUUGUCCAUAGCAGACCUCCUGUAUUCUGUGCACAGAGACGUGGACGUGCACGAUGGAAGAGGGCGUGCACGCGUAUACGUGAAGUACUGCUGUUGGAAGUGACGUCUGGUUUCAGGGAGUCUGUCGAGUCAUAGAGAGAUUCUGCCAAACGAAUAAAGAGAACGGAGAAGAAA